AGGAAAUUGUAACGAGGUGUUGUGUGAUUUCGAUUCCUUCGCUGCGGCGUCGUCUUCCUCCUCCGCCUCCGCCCUCCUCCUCCUCCUCCCCUUGCCAAUACCUCCGCAUGCGGGAGGAUCCUCCUGCCGCUGAUCCCGUCGUAUCUCCCCCGCCGUGAGGAAGGGAGAAGGACGGCGAAGAAGAAGAAACCCUACGACCGCCACCUUUGCCAGUUUCGUUUCGCCAAUCCUUCAACCCUAACCCUAGAUCAGAGUCUGUCGAUCACUUGCUCCCAGUGCUUUCGUUCCCCUUAUCCAAGAUCUGGUUUCGGCUCCCUUCCGCCGCUGAUUUCCCCACAAUUGACCUCAAGAUUUCCCUCCGAGGUCGCAGACCCCGUCCCAUGGGAACGGCCACGCGGGGACUGUGAGAUUUCGUUGUGACUGUGAUCUGCGGCUUUUAGUUACCGAUCCGCUUGAGCGUUAGACUGAUCGCUGGUUGGAGGACGACGGGAAUUCGAUUUGGUUCUUCUUUUCUUGGAUGGCGCCUAUUCUAUUUGUCAUCAUCGCGUUCCCAUGUACGGUGGGAGCCAUAGCACUGGCGGUGCUUCACAUAUACAGGCACCUCUUGAAUUAUACGGAGCCUACCUAUCAGCGCUACAUAGUUCGCAUCAUCUUCAUGGUGCCGGUCUAUGCACUUAUGUCAUUCUUGUCUCUCGUCCUUAAUGAUCGUUCAAUAUAUUUUAAUUCUAUUCGAGAAGUCUAUGAGGCUUGGGUCAUUUAUAACUUCCUUUCGCUCUGCUUGGCUUGGGUGGGAGGUCCAGGUGCAGUGGUCUUGAGUUUAAGUGGACGAUCUCUGAAGCCAUCAUGGUACCUAAUGACGUGCUGUUUUCCUUCCAUUCCUCUUGAUGGACGUUUUAUAAGAAGGUGCAAGCAAGGCGGUUUGCAAUUUGUGAUCCUGAAGCCUAUUCUAGUUGUGAUUACCUUCAUAUUAUAUGCAAAAGGGAAAUAUGAAGAUGGAAAUUUCAGCGUGGACCAAGCCUAUCUUUACAUCACAAUAAUCUAUACUAUAUCAUAUUCCAUGGCAUUGUAUGCUCUUGCUUUGUUCUAUGUAGCAUGCAAAGAUUUACUCCAGCCUUUCAACCCAGUUCCAAAGUUCAUUAUAAUCAAAUCUGUCGUCUUCCUCACAUAUUGGCAGGGUGUGUUGGUUUUUCUCGCAGCCAAGUCCAACUUGAUAAAGAAUGCAGAAGAAGCUGCUGAUCUUCAGAACUUUGUGUUGUGUGUUGAGAUGCUUGCAGCAGCUGUUGGCCACCUGUAUGCAUUUCCAUACAAGGAAUAUGCAGGCGCCAACAUUGGUGCAUCUGGUGGUUUAAGGGGAAGCCUUUUUCAUGCUCUGAAGUUCAAUGAUUUCUACCAUGACACGGUUCAUCAGUUUGCCCCUACUUAUCAUGAUUAUGUACUGUACAACAACAAUGAGGGUGAUGAGCGAGCAAGAAAGUAUCGAUCACGGACAUUUGUGCCAACCGGGCAGGAGAUGGAUGCUGUGAGAAAGAACAAACACAUGUAUGCAGGGAAGUUAGAUGAUACACGGUUGUCUGGUGUCUCCACAUCAGGUUCGAGUAGCCCGGUGAGGUCAACCACACCGCAAGACCAAGCAGACUUGGAAGUGAUCAAAUCUUCAUUGCUCAAAGACAGUGCUGCUGCUUCAGCACAACCAUAUGAUUUUUCAAUAUUAGCUGCAACUGAAUUUUCAAAUUACCCUGCCAAGGUUCCUGCAGUUGAUGACUCAAGUAAAAGAUAAUCUUCAGUGAUUUUUUUUUAGUGCUUAAUCGAUCAAAUGCUGAGACUUGGGGGCUAUCAAAUGAGGAAGUCUUGAUCAGGACUGUGCUUCGAUGUAUUGCAAAGCUGGAAUAUGCAGACUCCGAUUACUUCAGUCAAACUAGUGCUGUAACUCUUCUUGAUCGAAAGCUAAUCAGGGUUCGUGAGUGAUGUACAUCUUUUUCAUUCACGUCACUUUGGUGCUGGUUGAUCGAGAUCGAGUCAUGUGGACGUCCGUGUGUAAUUUUCUUAUGUUUUCAGUUUAGAUAAUGAGCCAAAGAUCAAAAUAGCUUGUUUGUUUCU